AGUGUCAACGCUUAGUUAAGGAAGUCAGGAAUUGUAAAAACCCUAAGUUAGAAACAAAAGUUCAAAUUCCUUGCAAUGAUUGAUCCAGAUAAGUAAUUGAAUACAGUUCGAGGAGAUCUUGAACUUGUUUGAAGAAUUGAUAUUGAUUUCGGAAUCGAAGACUUCAAAGAUGAUCAAAAUCUUGGGAUGAUCUUGGAUAUAUAAAUAUAUGAUCUAGAUGUUCAUGUUGAUUUGAAACUGCCGGUAAUUCCGAUUCCUGAUUCCCGAACCACUAUAAGGUUUUACCUUAUGGAGAGGUGGCAGCCUCGCCAUGGAAGGAGGGGGAGAGGAAGAGGAAGCUAUUCAUCUUCAUCUUUUUCCCAAUCAAACGACUCUGGACCUUCAAAUCCUUCAAAUCGAGUUAGAAAAACAACAACAAAUCUUAGCAAUUCUGUGAUUAACAACAAACAAGACCAUAAUGAUGCGGAAAUCCUCCCAAACUUAAUUGGAACUUGCCCUUUCAUGUGCCCAAUUGAAGAAAGGACACAACGUGAGAGACUAAGAGAUUUAGCCAUAUUUGAAAGAUUAAACGGAAACCCAUCUAAGUCAUCUUCUACACUUGCUGUUAAAAAGUUCUGCAGAACAAUCUCCUCAAAAGAUCUUCGUGAUAUGGAUUUACGCCCCCUUCAAGUAUUAGAAGACACCUUAAAUUACCUUCUAACCAUUUUUGAAUCCAAAGAACACCCUUUUGAAGCUAUUCAUGACUUCAUAUUCGAUAGAACAAGAUCCAUCAGACAAGACUUGAGUAUGCAAAACAUCAUAACAGGAGAUCAAGCUGUCAGCAUGUAUGAAAGAAUUGUAAAGUUUCAUAUCAUCUCUCAUUACAAGCUUCGAAUAAAUGCUACUGCAAAUUCAAACGUCUCCCCAAUGCAUCACCUCAACAUGGAACAACUUACAAAGACUUUAGCAUCUUUAUAUCACAUAUAUGACACAAAUCAUAAAUCUGGUAACACUUAUGAUACUGAAGGUGAAUUUUAUUCAUUUUAUGUGCUUCUACAUCUUGGUUCUGAUCAUCAACCAACAGGAGAGUCAUUAUCUUUAUGGUUCAGAAGUCUUCCUUAUUCCAUUAUUAAGUCAAAAGAAAUGAUGUUUUCACGAAGGCUUUUGAGGUAUUUUCGUUUUGGAAACUAUAAAUGUUUUCUUCAUGCUAUAGAAACCGAAGCAUCAUGUUUGCAGUAUUAUGUUAUUGAGCCUUACAUUAAUGAGAUUCGUGCACUUGGAUUAGCAUGUUUAAAUCAUGGAGGUUACAAGCUAAAUCCUUAUCCACUAGUGGACAUAUGUAAGAUCUUGCUAUUGGAGGAAUUUGAUGUUGAAUCUUUUUGUAAAGAUUGUGGUUUAGAUACUUUUAGUAGUGAUGAAGGAAUUAAGUUCAUGCCUACAAAGCAAACAAGUUUUUGCUAUCCAAAAGGUUCUCAGAGAUAUUAUCAGUUGGUGUCAAAACGAUUAAAGAAGUUUUAUAAUGAAGUGCCUUAAAGAAUUGGGGAUUUGGGGAAGUAUUGGACUACUGAUGGAAGGAAAUUGAUUGUGGUGAAAGUUAAUCAUUUCAAAGCUUGGAUUUGAAUAAAAGUUUAUGGAAAUUUGGAAGAUGUUUUGUGUAUGUAUGUAACCUUAUAGAUUAGGGAAAAUUGUAGUUUAUCAUGAUUCAUGACUUCUUUAGCUUUAAUAUACUUUGUUUAAUCUUGAUAAGGACACUUUAAUUGACAUUAUAGGGCUUUAUAUAUA